AUUUAUGAGGAAAUGAAUCACUGGACCGUUAUCGUCAAGAAUCUUCCCAAAGAUGCUGACGAGCACGUAUUGCGGUCUCUCUUCGAGACUGCUGGGUCUGUAGUUGACUUGAACAUUUUGGCACCAACGCCUAGACAAGUUUCUACUUCAGCUUACGUCGUUUUUCCGUCUAUUCAAGAAGCUACCAAUGCUGUCAUCAUGUUUCAGUCAUACAAGUUUCAGAGCAGGUCUAAUGGAACUGGAUGCCUCAAUCUAGAGCUACGUUCUUCUGUUAAGGAAAAUCCAAUGUCAGAUCCAAGAUGGACAUCUGUACAACCUGAAAAGAAAUCUUACUAUGAUGUUCUCAAUGAAGUCGUGCAGUGUGAAGUGUCAAAACGUCUCCAAUCUUCAUCAAGAAUAGUAACUAAUGGAUAUAUCGACAGUCCUAGCGCCCGUUCUAGAAGUAAAUGCAAGGAUUUGGGGACAUCACAAAAAGUGACAGAUCAUCCGCAGUUGUCACCAAAGUUACUAAAAUUAAGGAAACAGGAAGAGCAGUUGAAGAAGGAAAGGGACAUCCUUCAGAUAGAGCUGGAGUUGGAACGAACUACGCAGGAAAUGCUAAACGUUGAACUAAAAUUGAAGUUUCAACUUGAAACAGCAGAGAGUAAACUAGUUAGUGUGACAAGGAGCUCAGAGCAACUACCAAGUCGUUCAAACGACAUUCAUAACCGAAAGUCUGAAAAUUUAACUUAGCCCAAACCGAAAUAAAACUAAUUUAAAGUCUAGAUAUAUUAACCAUGUUUUGAGUUGAGCUAUGGAUGCAUGUAUAUAUUUGCAUAAAUAUAUAGA